AUGGAAGAUUUCAUAAAAUACACAUCAAGUCAUUCGGGAAAACAUGAGGGCAAGCAGCAUAUAAUAAUCGUUGGUGCCGGUAUUGUUGGGGUUUGCAUAGCUUAUUAUAUCACAAGGCAUCCUUCGUUUGACCCUGACCAGCACUACGUGACUAUAAUAGAAUCCAAGCGUGUGGCUGGUGGUGCCAGCGGUAAAGCUGGUGGAUUACUUGCCCUAUGGGCAUUCCCUCAACAAAUUGUCCCAUUAUCAUUCCAACUACAUAGUGAAUUGGCAGAAGAAUAUAGUGGCGAAGACUUAUGGGAUUAUAGAAGAUUGACUACCGUUAGUUUGGAGGGUGAUAUUCAAAAGUCUUUGAAAGAUACGGAAGAAGAUGAAGACGAUGAUUAUGAUGAUGAGGAAGGGGAAGAAGAUGAAGAGGAAGAAGAAGGAGUACUAGAGGAUGAUGAGGAUGAAGAAGAAUUCCAAGAGGCAGAAUAUUUCCAUGAUGAUGAGAAUAAUAGCUAUAGUGAUGACGCUAUGUCAAGAAGUAGUAAAGAGUCGAUAUGUGAUAACAGAAGCACCAACACGGACUUAAGCUCACAUAAUGGAGAGCUUGAACAUCACCAUAUCAAUGAGCACAGAACACAAAGUGCUAUCUCCCCACAAAGUACGGGAUCAGCCACCAGCUCUGUUGAAGAAAAAGCAACUAAAAAGAAAAGAAGAACUGUCAGUAAAAACUCGAUCAUGCAAAAUGAACAUGAUGCCAGUAAUGGUGUGAAACUACCAACAGAUUUAAAUUGGAUCAAGCAAAGCGCCAUCCAGGAUUGGUCGAUGUUGGGAGGCGAAGACACUACAGCACAAGUACAUCCAUAUAAGUUUACUAACUUCAUUUUGAAAAAGGCGAUUGAAAGUGGGUCUGUCGAAUUGAUUAUCGGUAAAGUUAACGAAAUCAUAUUCUCAGAAACAACUGGAGAAGCGGAAGGGGUUUCUUACAUACCAUCCACGGCACAGGAUGAACAAUCUGGUAAUACUGAACCAAUUGAAUUAUUGGCAGAUCAAGUAGUGUUAUCAGUUGGUCCAUGGACAUCUAAAAUUCUACCGGAUUGCCCAAUCUCAGGGUUGAGGGCUCACUCGAUUACUGUGUUACCAGAAAAUGGAGUGAUGGUUUCUCCUUACGCCAUUUUCACUGAACUUAAAAUUUCAAAGAGUGGGUUUGUUUCUCCAGAAGUAUAUGCCAGAAAGGAUGAAGUGUAUGUAUGUGGUGAAGGUGAUACCGCAGUUGAUGUUCCAGAAACCACUGAUGAUGUCCAAGUGGUUAAAGAAAAGUGUGAUAGAUUGUUCCAUUUUGUUGGAAAGUUGUCACCAAAUUUGAGAAAGGGAAGAAUUUUGAAACGUCAGGCUUGUUAUUUGCCAGUCCUUGAUGUUCCAAGCAGUAGUGGUCCAUUGAUUGGCGAAACGAAUGUACCAAGACUAUAUCUAGCAAGUGGUCACUCAUGCUGGGGUAUUAAUAAUGCGCCAGGUACUGGUAAAGUAAUGGCAGAGUUGCUUUUGGACGGAGAAGCCUCCAGCGCAGAUAUCAGUGCUUUGGACCCAAGUCUUUAUUUUGAUGCCAGCGUUUGGGGAGAGUGA